AUGGAAAAAAUAAUAUCUGAAGUGAAAAACGCAGGACGUGGCUAUAGAACUUCAAAAGGAGAAAUAAAAAUUAUAUGCUACGCAGAUGAUGCCGUGCUAAUAUCUGAAAAUGAAGACGAGCUGCAAAAAUUGCUACACCAGUUUUAUAUUACAUCUUCAAAAUUAAACAUGGAAAUUUCGGUAGCAAAAACAAAGUCUCUAGUAAUUGCAAAAGAACCUUUAAGAUGUAAAUUGGCGGUUAACGACAAAAUAAUAGAGCAAGUAAUGUCGUUUAAGUAUUUAGGGGUAGAGGUUUCUGCUUGCCAAAACCGAAACAAAGAAAAUAUGCAACAAUUAAACAAAGCAGCAAGAGUCAGUGGUUGUCUAAGCGACAUUAUAUGGAAAAACAAGCACAUGGGACAAGUAGCGAAGAUUAAAAUAUAUAAAUCAUGCGUACGCCCAAUUAUGACUUAUGCAGCGGAAACUAAGGCGGAGACAAGCAAAACAAAAGCCAACUCGCGUGCAGCAGAAAUGAAAACGCUUAGACAAGUAGCAGGACGCACAUUGCAAGAUAGAGUUCCGAGCGCAGAAAUAAGAAACACGUUAGAUGUUCAAGAUGUGGUGAGAUGGGUAAGAGCUAGGAGGCGUGCCUGGAAUGAACACGUCUCUAGAAUGCAGAGUGACCGCAUUGCAAAAAUAGCAAGAGAUGGCAAGCCAAGCAACACCAGACCGCCAGGCAGACCACCUAAAAGAUGGAUCGAGUGCUGGACAUCAACUUCUCAAGAGGCGAACUAA